CAUUGGUCAGCGAACUCUAAACCUCACCCACCAUUCAACUUACCAAGAGCUAUUUGUCGAUUGACGCUCUCGAGACAAUUGAAAUCAAAACGACUGGUGCAAAUAAUAAUUUGGCCUAUAGCUUCACAAUGGCCGUUCCCUUCGAAGCAUUGAUUCCCUAUGGAAUCAUCCUCGCCAUGUUCGGCGCCACUGGCGCGGGUCUUUCGAAAUUUAAACACUGGUACAACGGGAACAAGAGACCGAGACGAUCGUUAGAUAUGUGGGAUAGGCAAAUGAUGGACCGAGACCGCCGAUUAACCGGACACCUACGCGGGCAGACCGACGGUCCCAUAGCACCUCCGGGCUUUGAGCUGAACAACCCUUGGAAGGUUGAGAACCGUAUUGGUUGAUUUAAGCGGAAUAAUGCUGGCCCAGGGUAUCGAAAAGAUGAAAUACGAUUUAUGGGUAACCACUUGUACAUAGCCCAAAAUAUAACAUCCGAUAUUGAAGCC